AACUCACCUCAGCGAGGAUUGUCCAUUUUCAAUAAUUCCUUGUCCGUAUGCUCACGUGGGAUGCGAAAUGGAGGUUCGGCGAGGAGAAGUAGACUCUCAUCUUCAAGAUUUCAUGAAAAUCCAUCUUGAUUUGGCUUGUGCGAAGUUACGUAUAACAGAGGAUACAUUGAAUGACACACAAAGGACUACAAAGAAUCUGGUUGAGAAAGUCGAGACACUUCAGAAACAGCUUGAAGCGAAAACAUUCAGCACAGUGAUGGCGAAAAGUGAAUCUUCCCGUUAUCCUCUUAAGUUUGUUUGGAAGGUUAGUGAUUUUAGUGACAUAAUGAGACAAGCGAAGGCAGGAGUGCAAAGGAUAUUUGAAAGUAGUCCAUUCUACACCGAAAACUAUGGCUACAGACUAAAAUUGAGAAUUCUCCCUAAUGGUGGUGGAACUGCUGUGAACUCUCACUUAUCGGUGUCCGUUAUUGUAACGAAGGGGGAAUAUGACGCCAUAUUUCCCUGGCCUUUCAAGUCAAGAGAAGAGUAAGGUUUACAUUGAUUGAUCAACAAGAAGAUCCAGAACAACAAAAGAACGAUUCUGCGAUAAGUAGCGGUACCAACUCACGAAAAAGUUAUGAAAGACCAAUGAAGAGAGAAGAAAAUGUAGCGCACGGUUUUUAUAAAUUUAUAUCUCACGAGGCGCUUUUUUCAAGGGGAUACGUUGAAAAUGAUAUGCUGUUUCUUCAGUUUGAAAUUGGCCGGGAUGUCAGUGGGGCUAAAAAAUUCACUUUUACUCGUUCAGAAAGUGACGAAUCUGACUGACAGACUGACUGACAUCUCUGAUGACAACAUUUUCAUGCUCACUUUUUUUUACCGAGUUAAGGCCAUUUACUUGGACAUUACAUUUUGAAUAACAUCUUUGCCAAGCCGCUCACUUGAGCAAGUACACUAAAUUCAUAUAUCGCAAUCAUGGCAAUUUUUGUCGCGUAAAACGUUUUGUUAAACACAAGUUUUUCAUUUGUGCAGUUCAAUUUCAACCAAGCAAACGAUCAAGUUAUUGUAAUCUGCUGACCAGUUAUUUGUUAUUUGAAUUACGGACGGAGGCACUCAAGGAGUACUUUUUCAUUUGAUUUUCAGGUUAUAAAAGUCAAUUUUGUUCGUUUUGAACAAAUGUAAGGCCGAGUGCCCACGUCGUUUUUUGUAUCUUAGAUGAUUUGUGUUAUUGAAUUAAAUACAUAACAGCUCUUAUUAUCCAA